AUGAUGGUUAUUUCUCGUCCUUCUAUUAAACUACUCGAAGAUGAACACAAAAUUUUCCUGAAAAAAGUGUUCAAUUUUUUAAGAGCAUGCAGAGAAAAAAUUUGGAGUUUCAUCGAAACAGUUGGAGAAUUCGUCGUUUCUUGCUUCAAUAAGCUCUGUUCACUAGUCAAGAAAUUAUGGGGAUCCGAUGAUUCGGACGAUGGGACAGUUGAAGAAAUCCCCUUGAAAGCUUUGGAAAUCUCAGAAAAAGAAAAAGCGAUUGUGGACAAACUGACACAGGAAACAAAACAAGAUGAGGCAAAAAUAGCGGAAAAAUUGUUGGACAUUUUAGAACUUGUUGAAAAUAACGAGGAAAAAUUCAAACAAAGGAAAUUGAAAGCAGAGAAAGAAUUGGACGAUUUGAGGAAAAGUGAUGAGGAACUUCAUAGAGAAAUGAAACAAAAAAAGGUGGAAUCGGAUAAGAGAAUCGAGGAAAUGGUGGAAAAAGUGAACAGAGAACAGGAGGAAAAAGAUCGGAUUGCUAACUCAGAGACAGAAAGGCUAUUGUCCGAGACAAGAAGCCAGUUUCAACAAUUAUUUUCAUCUCAGAAGAGACCACUGGAUCCUUGCCAAGAUGCAUCAGAACAAUUGAAUGAUGCACUGAAAGUACUUAUUGACUGUUUGGAUCCUGAGGAAUGA